GUUGCUGAGAAUUGCCUGUGUUUGCUUCAACAAGUUGCGCUGGCAAUUUCGGUAGAGCGAGUCACUUUUUGCCAGUGCUGGCAAUUUUUUUUUCUUCAUCUUCCGCUAAGACUGUCAAAAACUUAACAGCUAACAAGCUUUCUUUUCUUCUAUUGCUACCGAGAUGCUCGCUCGCCGAUUCCCAGGAUGGUGUCGAACGACUUUGAAUACUUUUCAACAGUACUCAAGUGCUGCAGCUCCUAAAUCUAAAUUUGCAGCAGCCACACAACCCAUCUCCCAUGCGACAAAGCAAGGCGGCAAGCACAAAUCUCAUAAACUACCUGACGAUCCUUACUUGCUAUCCAAUAAAGUCUCUCGACUGAUCACUACUGGAAAGCAUGACGAGGCUAUGGAUCUUGUCAAGAAUGCUCCCAUUCGGUUGCAGAGCGAGGUGGUUUGGAAUCAACUUAUUUCCGGACAAGCGAGUCAGGGCAAGUGCAAUGGAGCCUUCAAAACUUUGAAUGAGAUGAAGCGAAGAGGUUUCAAUCCCAACGAACAUACUUUUACGAAUCUAAUGACAGCUUUGGCAAAGAAUCCAAGUGAAAGCUCGGUCGCACGAGCUAACGAUCUGUAUGUCACAAUGCAAGAAAGUGGUUCUAUUACAAAGAUUCAUUUCAAUGCACUUCUCAAUGUGUAUGCGCGCUGUGGAGCGCAUCGGGAAAUGAUGAGGCUGUUCGAUGCGAUGUUGGAAAGCGACGUUUCACCGGAUAAAGUCACGUACAGCACUUUGUUCAACGCCUUUGCAAGACAGCAAAUUGGUACGUUCGAAGAGAUCGUUACGAUUUGGGAGAAAGCACAAGAACAAAUGGCCGUGCUGAAUAAGGAUAAACGGCCUACAUCACUGAGGGUGGAUGACAAACUUAUGGCCUCCUUCCUGAAUGCCGUCACGAAUACUGGCACACUCGCAAAGCAUUACCAUAUGGGAUUGGCUGCUUUUGAUGAGUGUUAUGGACUCAGGAUAUCCAGACGUGGAAGAAACCCAAAGCUUCUAGACGAAGAUCGUACCAUUUUGUCGCCCACCGCCGUCUCUUUUCGGUCUGUCCUACUUUUACUGAACAAGGCUCGUAAAUUUGGAUUAGCCAACGAAUACAUUGAUGAGCUGUACGGAAAAAUCAAGCCAGACACUCCUGCUCUCAACGCCAUUAUCGCCAUUCGAUACUCGGAACAAAAGUAUUCAGACGCCAUAGACUACCUUAAGAAAAUGCAAGAAUUGGGAUUGCGACCCAACGCUUCCUCAUUCGACAUGUUCAUUCGUUCGUGCGGAAAACUAUAUAGCGGUCGUGAUGCAAAGGAUCCCAUGGUUUGGCAAAAGCUUUCCAUGGUACUCAACCAACAUGCGAGUGAAGUGAGACGGCGUUAUAAACAAGGCAUCCCAGACAAGGAUUUGCAACUGUCUAGCAGAUCUUGCGUGGAGAUUAUGCGAAUCACUCGAGCCUCCGUUUCGGCUGCUCCAUCGUUGGAUGACAAGAGAGAGAUGUAUGAAACGGCGCUCAGAAGUGUGGAGUCACAACGUUGGCGCACAGCAGCCAAGAAGGUGUCAAGCGAAAAGCAUGCACUUUUGGCUCAAUGGGUUGCCGCUGGCUACGAAUUUUUGUUGAACAAUACCUUUGAAAAGAGGACGCCGUCUAGAGAGGACAGAUUAGAGUGGGAGAAAUCCUUGUCUCUUGCCCAACAAGCUUUGCCACGUAGUCGAGGACGUGAGGAUAGUCGGGAUCGAUAGUGUGUGUGCAAAAUGACAUUUUAUCUAUAACAUUCAUCCAUUUAGACAUAUCCAUGUAAUUUACAACCUUUUUCCUUGCUAUGGCUCUUUUUAUAGCAUUCAUGCCAUCCAUCCAUCAGCUUUCAAAUCUCCACUUGUAAUCCUUCAUGUAACACUACUCUACAUCAUUUGCAUAUAAACUUCAUUAUAUU